UCUCAAGCUCUCGAACAGGAUCACAGACGUCUUUCAGGAGGAAAUAACGGGUGCUCGGCUGUCUGAAACCCGAUCUUCAAAAUAGCAAGCAUGGAAGAAAGACCUUCAAACCAACCAUAUUCAUUAGUUCUCUAAAUCGAAAUCUCCCAUCGUUGGAUUCCUCCCUGUCGUAGCCUUCUCAGUUUAAUGUAGCGUUUUUUGGAUGCGGGUUCGGCUUGUGCUGUUUAUCAGUGCUGGAGGAAAAGGCCUAAUCCCAAAUCCUUCUGGAGGGCGCUAAGACACUGCCUGACUCGGAUUAACUUCAUAUUAGAUUUGCCAGACAAGGGAGGAAGAACACCUGCUUGUUUUUUUACAGGCAAAUCUAGGCUGCGUUUCUCUGGAAAUAUUUUGCGGCAAUUUUUCUAUUGGACUUUUAAAUCCAAAUAAAUCCUUGUGUUGGGAUUGAAGAGUUUGGUUUGGAUAUGUGAUGAUGAUGGUAAAGGAAUAGUGAGCAGGAGUGAAUCUGGAUCAUUAGAUGAGCUGAGCUGGACGGAGAAGAAAAAAAAAAGAAAGGGUGAAGAAAAAGGAGAGUCGUUCUUAUUCUGCUGUGGUGUUUGCUCGGUGGAAACCUGCAUUGGUUGCGAUGGCGAGUCAGACUGGAGUGAGCGCUGCUGUGUGAAGGAAUUCACUUGACACUCAUCUGUCAGAUAAGCAGAGGAAGAUGAAGCUAAAGAAGCAGGUGACGGUCUGCGGAGGGGCCAUCUUCUGUGUGGCCGUCUUCUCCCUCUACCUGAUGUUGGACCGUGUCCAGCACGAUCCCGCCAGGAGACAGAGCGCCGGGAACUUUCCGAGGAGCCAGAUUUCGGUGUUGCAGAACCGCAUAGAGCAGCUGGAGCAGCUCCUGGAGGAGAACCAUCAAAUCAUCAGCCACAUUAAAGACUCUGUGCUGGAGCUCACCGAUACGGGUGCCAUCUCUCCCAGCGGACACCUGCCCUUCCGGAGUGCCAAUGGCUCCUGGGUGCUGCCAUUUGAUGGACGGCCCACAUUUCUCUCUGUUAAGCCGCUGGACUGCCAGUUUGCUGUAGGCCGCAGGAGCCAAACUGACCUGCAGAUGCUGGAUGUUUAUUCCUUGCUGAACUUCGAUAAUGUGGACGGAGGGGUCUGGAAGCAAGGGUUUGAGAUCACCUAUGAGCCCAACGAGUGGGACGACGAGCCCCUGCAGGUGUUUGUGGUUCCGCAUUCGCACAACGAUCCAGGAUGGAUCAAAACGUUUGACAAGUACUACAACGACCAGACGCAGCACAUCUUAAACAACAUGGUGACCAAGAUGGCAGAAGAUCCUCGCCGGAAGUUCAUCUGGUCAGAAAUAUCGUACUUCGCCAAAUGGUGGGAAAGCGCAGAUGUGCAUAAACAAGAGGUUAUGCGCAAGCUAAUCCUCAGCGGACAGCUGGAGAUGGUAACCGGAGGCUGGGUGAUGACGGACGAAGCCAACGCUCACUAUUUCGCCAUGAUCGAUCAGCUCAUUGAAGGCCAUCAGUGGCUGGAGAGAAAUCUGGGUAUAACCCCUCGCUCGGGCUGGGCGGUUGAUCCGUUCGGGCACAGCGCCACCAUGCCUUACCUGCUGAAACGGGCCAACAUAAGCAGCAUGUUGAUCCAGAGGGUCCAUUACUCCAUCAAGAAGCACUUUGCCGCCACACGCAGCCUUGAGUUCAUGUGGAGACAGGCCUGGGAUAUCGAGUCGAGCACAGACAUGUUCUGCCACAUGAUGCCAUUUUACAGCUAUGAUGUGCCUCACACGUGCGGCCCAGACCCCAAAAUCUGCUGCCAGUUUGAUUUCAAGAGGCUGCCGGGCAGUCGGGUCAACUGCCCGUGGAAGGUGCCGCCCAGAGCCAUCAAUGAUGCCAACGUGGCCGAGAGAGCUGGCGUUCUGCUCGAUCAAUAUCGAAAAAAAUCCAAGCUGUUCCGAAGCAAAGUGUUGCUGGUUCCUCUGGGGGACGACUUUCGCUAUGAUAAAGCUUUAGAGUGGGACCAGCAGUACUUGAACUACCAGAAACUGUUCGAUUACAUGAACUCCCAUCCAGAAAUGCACGUGAAGGCUCAGUUUGCGACGCUGUCAGACUACUUUGAUGCGGUGUACAAGGCUAAUGGAGUGACUCCGGGGGCGAGACCACCCGAUUACCCUGUGCUGAGCGGAGACUUCUUUGCAUAUGCAGACAGAGAGGACCAUUACUGGAGCGGAUACUACACCUCACGACCCUUUUACAAAAACCUGGACCGAAUUUUAGAGUCUCACCUACGAGGGGCAGAAAUCCUCUAUAGUUUGGCAGUGGCUCAUGCACGACAUGCAGGAGUUGAAGGACGAUUUCCGGUUUCAGAUUACUCUCUCCUGACUGAUGCCAGACGAAACAUUGGGCUCUUCCAGCAUCAUGAUGCCAUCACGGGCACUGCCAAAGAGGCUGUCGUCAUCGACUACGGGAACAGGCUGUUACGUUCUCUGGUGGGUCUGAAACGAGUGAUCAUUAAUGCAGCGCACUUCCUGAUAAUAAAGAAUAAAGACAUUUAUCGCUUCUACCAGACGGAGCCCUUCUUGGAGACGGAUGAUAGACGCGCCACACAGGACUCUCUCCCGCAGCGGACGCUUAUCGAGCUGGAAUCCAGUCCAAGGUACCUGGUGCUGUUUAACCCGGUGGAGCAGGAGCGUCUGUGUGUGGUCACCGUCCUGGUGAAUUCAGCAAGAGUAAGGGUGCUUACAGAAGAUGGACAAACGCUACCGGUGCAGCUCAGCGCGCAGUGGAUGUCCGCUGUGGAGAUGAGUGGAGAGGUUUAUCAGGCUUCUUUCAUGGCUCGUCUGCCAGCUCUGGGAUUGGCUGUCUUCCACCUGUACGACUCUGCUGAUUCGCCCAUGACGCUGCGCUCCGAUACGCUGCUCAGGGUUCCAGGACGGGGUCAGAGCAUUCGGGGUUUGGAUCCUCUGCCUGUGCGCUCGCAGACUGUUGACGGACAGCCGUUCUACAUCCAAAGCCAGUCCCUCACUCUGGGCUUCUCUGGAGCCACAGGCCUGCUGGAGAGCGUUCGACGGAAAGACGAUCCCCAGGAGGUGAGGGUACAGAUUCAGUUCCUAACAUACGGUACGAGACCCUCCAAGGACAAGAGCGGAGCCUAUCUGUUCCUGCCGGACGGAAACGCCAAGCCGUAUUCGCAGAGAGAAGCCCCUAUCGUGCGUGUGGUUGAAGGUCCUCUGUUCGCGGAGGUUGUGGCACAUUAUCAGCACUUUCAGCAGACGGUCCGCAUUCAUAAUGUUCCAGGGGUUGACGGCCUUUCUUUGGACAUCACCACUGUGGUGGACAUCAGAGAUCAGAAUAACAAAGAGCUGGCCAUGAGGUUCGUCACCGACAUCCAGAGCGGAGAUACUUUCUACACUGAUCUCAACGGCUUUCAGAUUCAGCCUCGGCGGUACUUCCAGAAACUUCCGCUACAGGCCAAUUUCUACCCCAUGCCCAGCACAGCAUACAUUCAGGACAGCCAGUACCGGCUCACGCUCCACACGGCACAGGCUCUGGGGGUCACCAGUCUGGCCAGUGGUCAGCUGGAGGUAAUCCUGGACCGCAGACUGAUGCAGGACGAUAACAGGGGUUUGGGACAAGGCCUGAAAGACAACAAACGAACAGCCAACAGGUUCCGUCUUCUUCUGGAAAGGCGGAGCAACAGUGCAAAGCCUGCUGGCUCCUAUGCCAAAGUCACCAACAUGCUAAACAAAAUCAUUGCUGGUAUUUUAGGAGACGGCCAGGAAGAGCCGGUGGACAGCAGACCGGUCAGCUUCCCGUCGCUGCUUAGUCACAUGACCUCCACCAUCCUCAACCACGAGGUGCUGGCACUGCCCGUGUUGCCCAGGAAACAUGGCGUGCCACCCAUGAGAACCUUCGCCCCAUUGGCUGGCACGCUGCCCUGCGACUUCCACCUGCUGAACCUCAGGAGUAUCCAAAGCCCGCAGGACGCUCACUCUCCAUCUCCGUAUAUGGCUUUGCUGCUGCACAGACUGGGCCUGGACUGUGGUCUGGAGCCGCAGAAUCCUGGUUUCAACUGCACCACCACACAAGGCCAGCUCUCCGUUUCUGGGUUGUUCCGUGGGCUGGAUCUCCAGCUCCUGCAGCCCAUGUCUCUGUCUCUGAUGCACUCUCAGCCUCCGCUCUCCAACGACUCCUCCGUCAGUCUGGAGCCAAUGGAGAUCUCCGCCUACAAGCUCAAGCUGUGCUAGAACCAUGCUGCUCCAGAACCGGGCUCUCCGGGUGGACCCUUGGAACCUGUGCGAAAGCAUAGAGAUCCACAAUUGGAUGAGCAGCGAACUCUUUUUGGAGAUGGUUGAUCCAGACUUAAUGUAUCCAAAUCAACAUGAAGGCGCUCAAUAAAGGGGAGAAAUAAAAACAGAGAGCGUUCCAGCCAAAGUCAGAUUUGGUAGCCGGGCCGGGUGUUGAGAUAAGAAUGUCCGUACAUUUUUUUGUUUUGUUUUUUUGGGGGAGAUUUUAUCAGGCAGAGCGCUGAUCAGUCAACAUCUUCUUAUUCCAGCAGAGCCCACCAUUGUUUUUUUGUUUCCUUUUUGUCUUUGGCUGGAACCUGCUGACCGUUUCUCAUUCUUUCUUUUUAUAUAUCAUCCCUGGAGUUCGUACUAUAUGUAAAUAGUCUCCAAAAAGCUACACACACACACACAGCUGGAUCUAUACAAAACUGUGGGACUCAGUGCAAUAUGGGAAGCUUCUCUUUGGCGUUUUUUCUUUCUCCAUUUCCGUUUGUUUUUCCACUCCUCAGGCCUUGGGAGCUACGCUUGAAUCUGUCUCAUUGUUUGAGCGCACGCCGUUCUUUUUAUUUGUUUAUCUCUCUACUGUGUGGACGAUUCUGCCUACACUCGGCGGCCGCGUGUAUGUGUGUUUUUUUUUUUCUUUCUAUGAAUGUCAAUCACCACGCUCGGCCUGUGAAGGCUGUCAAUGCUGCGGCAUUUACAGAUCUCUUUCUUUCAUUACGGCUUGCAACACUUUGACAGCAAAAGAUGUCCAUGAGCCUGCGGCAGUCAAGGGCUGUGGCUUGCUGUCAUUGGUUGGUUAUUUAGUCGGCUACGACUCGAAAUCACUAACCUUUUCCCUUCCCAGAUCUUCUGUUUUAGAAUAUCUGCAAUACAUUUCCAUUACUUUUGACCACUUUUCCUCGAUCUGGCACAGCAGAAUCCCGCCGAAUGUGUGCUUGGUCAUAUUAUAUGCAGAUUUGAGCCUUCUUGGGGAUCAGAUUUCCGAGUUAUGCAGAGUUGGUCUUAUUUCAAGACUUGGAUCGGUCUACGAGCUUACCUAGACUUCAAUACAUGUGCUAGAUAAACAGUAUUUUCAGGUAAUCGCAGCUUGUAUCCAGUUGUACAGGUACCAUCGUGGGUAUCUUUAAGCUCCUGGGCUCAUAUUUAACCAAUUUCCCCUCAUGAAAAUGCGUUCAUGCCUUAUCUGGUGGUAGGAAACCCAUUCGUGAUGUGUAGCAGAGCCAUCUCAGUCAUCUCGUCUGGCUUUUGUCUGCGGUGUUCGGGUCUUUCGUUGAUUUAGUAGGUUGAUUUUCUUUUUCUUUUCCAUCUUCUGUUAACUAAUAACCUAGCUGUGGGUUGGUUAUUUUGACAAGUUUUCCAUAAUCUGGCAUAGCAGCAAUCCACAGACUGUGCGCUUUGAUUGGUUAUUUGGUGAGUAAUGACUUUUCCUUCUCCAUCUUCUGUUAACUAAUACUGAACUAGCUGUGAAUUAACAGCAAUCCACAGACUGCGCAUUGUCGUACUAAUAUUUAAGACUUUUUAAAUUCAGUUUGGGAUCAGAUGUCCAACAUAUGCAGCGUUACUUGUCUUAUUUCAUCUUAGAUCAGUCUACAGGCUUACCCCGACAUCCAAACAUUGGUAAAUUCAAUAGAUAUACAGUAUUUUCAGGUAAUCGCAGCUCGAAUAUGAUUGUAAAGGUAUCAGUGUUGGUAUCUUUGGGCAUCUCCACUUAGAUUUAGCCAAUUUCCCCAGAUAAAAACUGAUUUAGGGCUUAUCUGGUUGUAGGAAACCCAUUCGUGAUGUGUAGCAUAGCCAUCUCAGUCGUCUCGUCUGGCUUUUGUCUGCAGUGUUCAGGUGUUUCGUUGAUUGGUUAUUUAGUAGGUUUUGACUUUUUUUUUUCCGUUUUCAGUUAACUAAUAUUGAACUAGCUGUGGAUCAUCCAAAACAUUUUUCUUGUUUUGUUAUUUGGACCAUUUUUCAUAAUCUGGCAUCGCAGCAAUCCACAGGCUGUGCACUUUGAUUGGUUAUUUGGUAGGUUAUGACUCUUCCUUCAUCUUCUUUUAACUAAUACUGAACUAGCUGCGAAUUAAAAGCAAUCCACAGAAUGUGCGCAUUGUCGUACUAAUAUUUGAGACUUUAAAUCCAGUUUGGGAUCAGAUGUCCAACAUAUGCAGCGUUACUUGUCUUAUUUCAGCUUGGAUCAGUCAACAGAUUUACCCAAACAUUGGUAAAUUCAAUAGAUUUACAGUUAUUUUAUUAGGUAAUCGCAGCUUGAAUAUGGUACAAGUAUCAUAAGGUACCAGUGUUGGUAUCUUUGGGCAUCUUCAAUCAGAUUUCCCCACACAAGGACUUAUUUAGGGCUUAUCUGGUUGUAGGAAAUCCAUUCGUAAUGUGUAGCAGAGCCAUCUCCGUCAUCUCGUCUGGCUUUUAUCUGCAGUGUUCAGGUCUUUCGUUGAUUGGUUAUUUAGUAGGUUUUGACUUUUCCUUUUCCGUCUUCAGUUAACUAAUAUUGAACUAGCUGUGGAUCAUCCAAAACACUUUUCUUGUUUUGUUUUUUGGACCUAUAUUCUUUUUUUCUUCAUUUUUUCUUUGUCGUACUAAUAUUUGAGCCUUUAUAAAUUUAGUUUGGGAUCCGAUGUCCAACAUAUGCAGUGUUAUUUGUCUUAUUUCAUCUUAGAUAAGUCUACAGGCUUCCUCCAAACAUUGGUAAAUUCAAUAGAUUUACAGUUAUUUCAGGUAAUCGCAGCUCGAAUAUGAUUGUAAAGGUACCAGUGUUGGUAUCUGCUCUCAGAUUUAGCCAAUUUCCCCACACAAGAACCCAUUUAGGCCUUAUCUGGUUGUAGGAAACCCAUUCGUGAUGUGUAGCAGAGCCAUCUCAGUCAUUCCUUCUGGCUAUUUGUCUGUCGCCUCGGACAAUUUCCAGCAUAAAAUUUCUGCUGUCUUGUCUGUCUGUCAGCUUGUCGUGUCGUCUCGCCCAGGAAAACCUGUACUGCUCUCUCUCUCUGAUUGAAAUAACAGAACAAAAAUACUCUCACUUCUCUGACUUUCAACUCCAGCCUGAUUAUCUCUGUGUAGCGCACCACGUCCAUUUACAUCAGUCAGGCCAUCAGGCGGCUUCUCCGGCUAAUCAAGUUCCCGGAGUAGCGUCUUAUCAGGAAGAUAAUUCCCCCGCAGGAGGAACUCCCAGUGCGGGAGUGCCAAAUGUCUGUCCGAUUGCUUUGGAAGAGAUUCAGGCUCGCUCGCUGCUGUAAUUCGGUAUGAUUCAUAUUCCCCAUCUGUGCAUUUCACAUAUAUGCUUUCCAUUCCGACAGAUCUCUUUUUGUUAGAUGUCCUUUAUUUGUGUCGUAUGUUCUGAGAUGGAAAUCACUUCCUUUUUUGGUUACUUAAGAAAAUGGAGAGGUUAAUUUAUUGUUUGGUUUUGUUUACUUUAGGAGUGCGUUCAUAAAAAAUGACUCGUGAAAGCAAAUGCAAAGACAUUAAAGUGGACGUUUAAUAAAGAUCACACAUGGAGAAAAA